CCAUUUAUAGUCCUUCCUUCUGAGUACAUCUUCAACAUUAAUAGCGAGCACAAGCAGAGAGCUUUGCUCCUUGGCUUGCCCUGUCCUCACUUUGACGCCAAAAGGGUGCGUCAGUAUUUGAAAAUAUAGAGUGAAAAUGAAGGAGAAGAGUGAGAGUGGCGGUGGGUAUGUGAGAGCAGAUCAGAUAGAUCUGAAGAGUUUGGACGAGCAGCUCCAGAGGCACCUGAACAGAACGUGGACUAUGGAGAAGAACAAGAGGAGAGAGGAAGAGGAAGAGGAAGAAGCAGCAUCAAGGCAGACUGCUGCCACAAGGCAAGACUGGGAGAUUGAUCCCUCCAAACUCAUCGUCAAGGGUGCCAUAGCUCGAGGCACUUUUGGUACUGUUCACCGUGGCAUUUAUGAUGGCCAAGACGUUGCUGUUAAACUUCUAGAUUGGGGAGAAGAGGGACAUAGAUCAGACGCUGAAAUAGCUUCUCUAAGAGCAGCUUUUACUCAAGAAGUUGCUGUCUGGCAUAAGCUUGACCACCCUAAUGUGACCAAGUUUAUAGGGGCUACAAUGGGAACAUCAGAGCUACACAUACAAACAGAUAAUGGCCAAGUUGGCAUGCCAAGUAAUGUUUGUUGUGUUGUUGUCGAAUAUUGUCCUGGUGGCGCACUGAAAUCUUACCUCAUAAAGAACCGCAGAAGGAAGCUUGCAUUCAAACUAGUUGUCCAACUGGCACUAGAUCUUGCACGAGGUUUGUGCUAUCUUCAUUCGAAGAAGAUUGUUCACAGAGAUGUUAAAACAGAAAACAUGCUUCUAGACAAGACACGAACGGUAAAGAUAGCGGACUUUGGGGUUGCUCGUGUUGAGGCUUCAAAUCCUAAUGACAUGACUGGCGAGACUGGAACCCUUGGUUACAUGGCUCCAGAGGUUCUCAAUGGCAAUCCAUAUAACAGGAAAUGUGAUGUGUACAGUUUUGGUAUCUGCUUGUGGGAAAUAUACUGCUGUGACAUGCCGUAUCCUGAUCUUAGCUUCUCGGAAGUGACAUCAGCAGUUGUCCGCCAGAAUCUGAGGCCUGAGAUGCCUCGUUGUUGCCCAAGCUCUCUUGCAAAUGUAAUGAAGCGAUGUUGGGAUGCAAACCCUGACAAGCGGCCGGAGAUGGAUGAGGUGGUGGCCAUGUUGGAGGCCAUUGACACAUCUAAAGGUGGAGGUAUGAUCCCUGGGGAUCAGCCUCAGGGCUGUUUCUGUUUCCGCAGGUACCGAGGACCGUGAAAGUUUUGCUCCUUUUCUGGCAAUAGAGAGAGGGCAUACGAUGGUUCUGCAAAUUCAAUUUGUAUUUUACUGAAUUGCAUAGGUUGAAAAUUAAGAAGAGUCAAAGUGAAUACAAAACCGUGGAGGCUGUUGUCUAAAGAGGAGCUCAGCAGUAUUUGUUACUUUGUUGGGCUAUAGAUUUGUAAAGAGUUUCUUUCUUUUUGCCAAGUUCACCUAUUUCAUAAAAACCCAUGAAAUUUACAAGCUGAAUUGCUGAAUAUCAAUUUAUGAGACGAGCUUGGAUAGAUGAA